AUGGCUCCUUCACGUCCGUCGCAGCCUUUGCUUCUGCACUUCUUGGUGCUGCUGCUCGUCGCAGCAAGCAUUGGUGCCGCGAGCGCACAAUAUGCAUCUCGUUCGCGUCGCAGCCUGUGGGCCCGCGCGCGUAAGCUGUUCGAGUUCCCUACGCUUCACAAGUCGCAGCUGUCCAAGAUUGGAUUCACCUACGAAAUCGCUAAACAGCCGGCGAAGCCGGAAGCAUCGCCUUCUGACGGGGCCACGGAUCCCGCCAGUUCCGUUGCCGCCUCCACUCCGGCCGCCCCCUCCUCCUCCGAGCCUUCCCGCCCUGCGGGGGGCUCGUCGAACGACGGUUUCUCGUCGGGCGGCUCUUCUUCUGGCAACUUCGCGCAGUCGGGUAACCCGCUCUUCCCCGGUACCGUUACCUCGACCCCAGGCAGCGACCCGAAACCCACUCCGAAGACCCCGUCCACGCCCUCGCAGCAAGCCGGCGACGCGGUUGCCGCUACAGCCGUGCCGACGCAAGCUGCCUCGCCGUCGGCUCCACCCCCUCCCCCUCCUCCUCCUCAGGGCCCGUGCCCGCCGCAGCCAAACAUGUGCGACUUCUACUUCCAAGGCAGCACGGAAUCUCUCCCCGUGUUCAACAUCUCCGACGGCGCCGGCGACACGCGCCUCGGCGGGCCCAUCGAGGCGUCUAUUCGCGGCGCGACUGUGGAGGUGAUUGCGGCGAACAGCGAGCUCGCGGACUACAUCUGUCAGGACGGCGUUAACGUCUGGAGCGCUCCGUCCGCCAGCUCCGGUAACUCGACGACGCUGGGACCCGAUAACCAGUUCUACGCCGUGCAGGACGGCAUCCAGUCGCGUACGUUCCAGCCGGCGGCGGGCGGCGCGGCGACGUACCAGGGCAAGUACGUGCGAGUGAACCUGACGGCGAUCGAGAUCAGCGUGUACAACAUGGUGUCGAACGUGGAAAACGUGAAGGCGAUUUUAGAAGUCGAGGCUUCACUGCCCGUUGUCGCCUUUCAGUUUGCCCUUCUCGUAUGCCCGCGUGUGUCAUGCCUUCCGUUCUGUCCCUGUGUGCACGUCCUUGCAUGUGUUCCCCUCUUUGUCCUGCCACCUGUCCUGCCAUGCAUGCUGCCCCGUGUGCUACCACGUGUGCGUGUUUACCGCUGCAUGCACGCAGACGGGCAUUCCCUUGCCGCAGCAAGCGCUGCUGUUCAACGGGCAGCUGCUGCAGAACCACCAGCGACUGAACGCGCUGGGUGUGGCGGACAACGACCUGCUCUUCCUCACACGAGCACACCGGAGUUGGGCGAGGCGAUAAGGGACAACAAGGUGGAGGAGAUGCAGAAGGUGCUGCGCUGGAUGCGGAAGAUGCAGAACGAGAUGCGCCGCAAGGAGCAGGAGGAGCAGGAGUUGCUAUCAGCCGAUCCAUUUGACCCUGAGGUGCAGCGGAGGAUAGAGGAGCGCAUUCAGCAGCACAUGCUGUAUGUGGAGAUGGAGGUCAACAACUCGCCCAUCAAGGCGUUUGUGGACAGUGGGGCGCAGCAGACCAUCAUGUCACAGCGAUGUGCUGAGCGAUGCGGGCUGAUGCGGCUGCUGGACCGGCGGUACGAGGGGGUGGCGCGGGGCGUGGGCACGUCCAAGAUAGUGGGGCGCAUCCAUACCGUGCAGCUCAAGAUAGGAACCAACUUCUACAUGUGCAGCAUCACGGUGUUGGAGGCAGACAACGUGGACUUCCUCUUUGGUCUCGACAUGCUCAGACGCCACCAGGUGCACUGCUCGCUGCUGCACCUUCACCCCACUCCCUUCCCCUCGUGCACACCAGAAAAGUCUGCGUGCCACUCAUUUGUCAUCAGGCCUGUCCCUUUUCUCAGGUUUGCUCUGCUCUCACGCAAUCCUGCUCCCCCACAAUGCUGUCUCUCUCACAAAGUUGUCUCUCACCAACCACAAUGUUCCCCCUCCCCAUGCUACCGCCAGUGUUGCAUCGAUCUCAAGGACAACCCCUGGUUCCGCUACCCUUCUCAGCCUACCUCUUACCCUCUUCGCUUCACCCCUUCUCCACCACACUCUCCUCCCACAACGCUGCCCUUCUCACCUGCCACUCUCUCCACUCCCGUCCCACCUGGGUGCGUGUGUGCAGAGAAGGACAUCCCGGCCUUCCUCACCGCAAUGGACCAGGACCCUUUGCCCGACUCCGCCACCCCUGCACAGCCCUCCCAACCCUCCGCUUCCGCUGCUGGUACCUCUGCACCCGCUGCACCCUCCGCAGCACAACCAGCAGCAGCAGGCACAGCAGCAGGGGGUGCUGCGAGUAGCGGGGGAGGGGCGCCAGCAAGUCAAGGCGGUGCUCCUGUGUCAGCAGCAGCAGGUGCUGCAUCACCAGCAGCAUCCGGUGGGGUCCAUCCACCGCUGUGCACACGCCCCCUGCACCCUCACCCGUCCUCCCACCCACCCUCUCUGCGCUGCAUGCAGGCAACACCAGCAGCAGCCCCAGCAGUGUCAGCGCACGAGGUGAAGGUGCAGCGGCUGAUGGAGCUGGGGUUCCCCCGGCAGCUCGUGGAGCAGGCUCUUGCACUCACAGGGGACAACGAGGAGCACGCUGCUGGCAUACUCUUUGCCGGCUGA